CUCUCUAAAAACCUUUGUACUAGUGGAGCAUACCCUGUAGUGUUCGUGCGAUGCACGAAACCAGAGACGCCUACUUGCUAUCGUCAAUUGUGUUUAUAUAGUCCGUUCACUAACUAUCGCAUUCUCUCUCACAUCAGUUUUAGUGGAAAUUUAUCGCUGGUCUAGUGUAAUAAUCGAUAAAUUGCUUGCAUUGUUCCCAUUAGAUUACAUGAUUUAAGAGGAAUACAAUUUGAAAAGAAUUUAAGGACAACAUCAAGAUGGCUUGGCGUUUCAAAGCAUCAAAAUAUAAAAAUGCCGCACCUAUUGUACCUAAACCGGAAGCAUGUAUUCGAGAUAUCUCUGUAGGAUCAUAUCAGACUUAUGGGAACAAUAUUACAGCAUCGGCUGCAUUUAUGGCAUUUAAUGUGGAUCACAAUGGAUCUAGUUUGGCUGUAUUACCACUUGAAGAUUGUGGUAGGAAAAGUAAAACUAUGCCAUUGUUACAUGCUCAUGCUGAUACUGUAACUGAUAUGGAAUUUUCACCUUUUCAUGAUGGCCUACUUGCUACUAGUUCGCAAGAUUGUUUGGUAAAGUUAUGGCAUAUUCCAGAAACUGGAUUAGAAGAAUCUCUUUGUAAUCCUGAAUGUACAUUUUCUCAUCGUCAAAGAAGAGUAGAAGCAGUAUGUUGGCAUCCGGCUGCUGAACAUCUUCUAACAACUGCCUCAUAUACAACUUUAACUCUUUGGGAUGUACUUUCUCAACAAGAAUUAUUCUCUAACAGUGAUCAUACCGAAGUAAUACAAUCAUUAAGCUGGAAACAAGAUGGCACUAUUUUGGCAACAUCUUGUAAAGAUAAACAAGUGCGAAUUAUUGAUCCCCGUGCAUCAACUUGUAUUGUUAAUUUCUGCUCAAGUCAUAUGAGUAUCAAGGAUUCUAGGAUUGUAUGGUUAAAUAACUCUGAUAGAAUAUUAACUACAGGAUUUGAUGCAGCACGUCUUAGACAAGUAUACAUAAGAGAUUUGAGGCAUCUUAAUGAACCAGUAAAGACAUUGGAAUUAGAUUGCAGUACUGGGAUUUUGAUGCCUCUUUUUGAUCCUGAUACAAAUAUGCUAUUUCUUGCGGGUAAAGGAGAUACUACUAUCAUGUACAUGGAAGUGACAGACAAAGAUCCUUACUUGGUAGAGGGAAUUCGUCAUAGUGGAGAGCAAACUAAAGGUGUGUGUCUGGUUCCAAAAAGAGCACUCAAUGUCAUGCAAGCCGAAGUCAACAGAUUAUUGCAACUCACAUCUAAUAUGGUUAUUCCUAUCAUGUAUCAAGUACCUAGAAAGACAUAUAGAGACUUUCACGCUGAUAUUUAUCCUGAUACAAAUGGUUGUAUCGCUCAGAAUAAUGCAGCAGCAUGGAUCAAAGGCCAUAAUGCACCUGUUCCAAAGAUAUCAUUAGAUCCUGCCAAAAGAAGCAAAGGUGAAGAUCCCAUAACUGUACACAAAGGAAAUUUAGCAACACUGAAAGAAAAUCAAAACGAAAUUAAAGUGGAACCAAUCAAGUCUCCAAAAUCAAUAACGAUUGCAACACCAAAAGGAUUCUGUAAAGCUCAAGGUAUCAAUCAUGAAAAGGAGAAGAACAUAGAGAAUGAUAUCGAGAAGACAGAAGAAAAUAAAAAGAUUGAGAUAGAAGAUGAGAAGAUAAAAAUGCAGAACGGUGGACAAACGAUACCACCGAAGCCUCUACCCAGAGCAUCAAGAACCAACAGCGUUUCUGAGGAUGAACCUAAACCUGUAGCACGACCUCGCACAUCACCGAGUCCAGGAUCCGUCGUUACAUCUGUAAAUCCAAAUUCGAUCAGCGGAUACAAGCCGCGGCUUGGACCAAAACCAUUUCAGGCAAAAUCUGGUAGUCAGGAAUUCUCUUUCGAUAAGGUCUUUUCUGUGCCGGUUGCACCGAACAAUGAUACAAAUGGUUAUCCAAAUGAUAUCAGUAUACCAUUGGAUAAUACUACCGACCCAGAAAAAUCACCAACGUUUUCUAACGAACGUAUGAAGGAAGCAGAAAAUGGAAAAAGUGAUUCUAGCUCAUUGGAAGAGGAUGCAAAUUCAAGUGACUCCGGAUAUAAACCAAAAACACCGAGCACCGCAGAGAGACGAAAAGUUUUUGAAACUAAAGUUAAGGAUGAAUCGCCUGAAAGUGAAGACAUAGGAGGUUUUGAACGUGGUAAUGUUAAUAGAAACUCAAUCGCAGAAAGGCGACGUUUGUAUGAAAGUAGAUCUGUAUCUGUAACUGAUGGAAAUUUAGCCGAGAAAGCAAUGGGAUCGCCGACCAUGUUACGAAGACGAGAUUCUUUCAAAACUAAGAGCGAGGUAAUUAAAGAGGAUGAUGUUAAGAAAGUCGUUCCAAUGUUACGCCAACAAAGUAUGGAUCCACGUUUGGAAAAGGUUGAACCAAUUACAACACCAACUCCUAAAAGAACAUCGACAGUAUUUGGUCGAGUAUCAAAAUUCAGACAUCUUAAAGGUACACCUGGUCAUAAAUCUACUCAUAUUGAAAACGUAAGAAAUAUUAGUCGACAGAUAUCAGGAGAAUGUGAUGGUUUUCACGCCAAUUCUGAUCGCGUUGCUGUUCCUCUAAGUGGACCUGGAGGGAAAAUAGCAGUAUUAGAAUUAAAGAAAACUGGUAGAUUGCCUGAUGGUGUUAUGCCAGCAUUAGUUCAUGGAGCAACAGUGAUGGAUUUCCAAUGGGAUCCUUUUAACAAUCAGCAAUUGGCAGUCGCAUGCGAUGAUGGCAUGAUCAGACUAUGGGAAAUACCAGAAUCUGGAUUGGCAGAGCCAACAAAUGAACCGAGUCACGUGAUAGAAGCUCAUGCUGAUAAGAUUUAUUUAAUAAAAUAUCAUCCUUUAGCAUCUGACGUGCUCGCAUCAGCAUCGUACGAUAUGACAGUAAAACUUUGGGAUUUAUCACCUUUAACAUCAGAAGAAUCAGCCAUCCCAAAAAUAACAUUGUUAGGUCAUACAGAUCAAAUAUUUAGUUUAGCAUGGUCACCAUGUGGACAAUAUCUUGCUAGUGCAUGCAAAGAUGGAAAAUUGCGAAUUUACAAGCCGAGAUCCAGUGACGUGCCUAUAAAAGAAGGAAAAGGACCAGUAGGUACUCGUGGUGCAAGAGUUAUAUGGGCAUUGGAAGGCAGAUACCUUGUUGUAAUGGGUUUUGAUAAGGUCUCUGAAAGGCAAAUAAUGAUAUUUAAAACUGAUAAUCUUAACCAACCUUUGAAUACAGUUGGAUUAGACGUUUCUCCUGCGAUUUUGAUGCCAUAUUACGAUGAAGAUAGUUCUACUUUAUUUUUAACUGGUCGCGGCGAUUCUACUAUAUAUGCUUUCGAAGUUACGGAAGAAGCUCCUUAUUGUUGUCCUUUGAGCCAUCAUCGAUGCAGCAGUUUGCAUCAAGGAUUAUCAUUCCUUCCUAAGAAUAGAUGCGAUGUCGCAAGUGUUGAAUUUGCAUCCGCUUUAAGGCUGACAAAUAAUACCAUCGAACCAUUAAGUUUCACAGUACCACGUAUAAAAAGUGAAUUAUUCCAAGAUGAUCUUUUUCCACCAACAAAAAUUACAUGGAAAGCAGCAUUAACUGCCGCUGAAUGGUUCAAUGGAAUAAAUAAACAGGCCUCUAGAAUAAGUCUUAAACCACCUGGUAUGGAUAACUUGACAGAAAAUCAAGGACAACCAGCAGUUACUACUAUGCCAUCUGCAACAAAACAAUCAACAGGCCCAUUUUCAAUCUCUUCACAACCAUUCAGUAGGCUUGGCUGGAAUACAGAUGUAAGAGCAAAGCAAGAGGAAAUCCAAAAAACAAUGAGCAACAAUGUGGGGGAUGUAAUACAGUGCUCUUUGGAACAAGACCACAUGGAGGGUGUGGAAGAGCACGAAUGGGAUGAGUAAGAAAUAAUGACGUACUGGUAGAGUAUUUUAACUAAAUGGUAAGAUAGGAUCUAGAUAUAGAUAUUUGAGCCAUAAGUUAUUAAUUAUGUUGAGAAUGGAAAGGAUGUGUCCUAAUGUUACUACAUGUUGGACAGAAGACGUUUUACAUUUUGAGAAGUACUUCCAAAGAUUUACCUUCUAAGAAAAGACAAAAUAAUGUGUCCAAUUUUUUAAGUUAACACUAUUACGUAUUUUUUAACCAUUUUAUAUACAAACAAUUUUAUAAACAUAUAAAACGUAAAAUUCCAUGAAAUAGUGUAAAUAUUCAGGCUUUGUAUUUGAAGUUGAAGAAAGAAAAAGGAAAACAAAAAAAAAACAAAGGAAACGACUGAAAUUUAUAAAAGUCACAGAACUAUAAAACUUUUGUAAAUCUCGAAGGAUUUUUCAUAAAUUAUAAUUUUCUUUUUUAUUUCUAUGUUUAUUUUUUAUUUUUUAUUUUUUAUAUAGGAGAUGCGUGAUGAUACUUCUAGUCUUAAAUAAUUGUUUUUUUGUUUUUGUUUUUUUUUUAUUUCAUUUUAUUUUAUUUAUAUGUAUCUCAUGCUGCAUAUGAUUAUUAUUGAUAUUGUAAAAAAAAAAAAAGAAAAAAAAAAAGAAAACAGUAUCAUACACAAACAAUAACUUGAUUAUUAUGAAAUAAGUGGAAAAAUUUUGUCAAGAAGUAAAGAUGAUUUUGAAUUUAAAAAAAAAAAAAAAAAAGAAAGAAAAAAAAGUUAAUGUGAAAAUUUUAUUAUUCGCUGACGCGAUAGAUUUUAAAAAUCAUUAUUAUUAAAUAAGAUAUUUAAAAAAAGAAAAAAGAAAAUGAGUUAAUACACACACACGCACAUACACAUAUAUUAUCCUAAAUGCAGAAUGAAAGAUAUCGAUUAAUAAUUCUGUUGUAUUUAUAUAUAAGAUUAUUAUAAUUACGAUGAUUUAACUUAUAUACCGAUGAAACGAACGCGCAAAAUAACACGUGCCAUUGAUAAAGCCAAGAGAAAGAUAAACUUUCAUUGACUAGUGAUAAUAAAAAAAAAAAGAGAAAAAAAAAAGAAAGAAAGAAAGAAGAAAUAAAUAAUAAUAAUUAUUAUUAUUAAUCCCUGCAAAACAAAUAUUAAUUAAUAUUUUAGCCAAUACACACAAUGAUAUUGGUAUUAACAAUGAUUUUUCUAGAAAAAUGCAAUAUAACAUUUUUAAUUAGAGAAAAUUAAAAUGAGAAAUUUAUAAUUAUCACAGAGAAUGUUAGAAAAAAAAAAAAGAAAAAAAAAGGAAAAAAAGAGAAGAAAAAGAGAAAGAAAGAAAGUAAGUUUUCGUCAUGGAGUUGUCGUAAAUUUUUGCACGUUUUUGCAACUUCGUACGCGUACGCACACAUACGAAAUACGUUUUAAGAAAAAAAUAAAUAGUUAAGGAAGAUAUACGUAUCAAGUAUUAAAUGAUAAUAUUUAGUAACUUAAUCAUAAACAAUAACAACAAUGAACAACAAUAAAAAGGAACAUGAAAGAUAGAGAAAAAGAGAAAAAACAAUGGAAUGAUUUGAUAUCAGCUAAUUACAGUUUUUUUUUCUUGUACAUCUCUAAAACGUGGUAAAAUCGUAACUUUUAUACACUUUGUAUCUCGUAGCAAUUGAUUUAUUUUUCAAUGUAUCAGAAAAUCGAAAAUAUCUCGCGCGACAUUUUCUUAGAUAUCAUAAUAUAUCAAUAGAUACAAUGUAUUUGAAUAGACUCUUUUGAUAUACAAGAAUUUUUCAUAUUGAUGUGAGUCGUGAGUUGUUUGAUCUACAUAUAUGUAAACGAUAUUAUGGUGCUAUAGUAACAUUUGAUAAAUUCUAAUUUAUUAUAGCCCUGAGUGAAUUGCAAUAUUAUCACAGCUAUUGUCGAAUACAUGCAUACAUACAUACAUAUAUACAUACAUACAUACAUACAUACAUACAUACAUAAAUAUAUACAUACAUACGUACGUACGUAUGUAUACUUUCGUAUCGUCGAACUAAUGAGUGCUUAUAAUUAAAAAAAAAAAUAAAUAAUAAUAAUAAUAAUAGAACAUUAAUAAUUAUAUCUCAGAAAUUACUUAGGGCACAGUAUUUUAUUCUAAUUUUUUCCAAAAAGAAAAGAAAAAAAGACAAAAAAAAAA